AUGUCGACCGCCACGCACGUCGAGAGCGUCGCCGCUCCCGGUGCUCCCCCACCUCCGUACGCUCCCGCACCCUCCGCAUCAGCGCACGGUGAGCAACAGCAAGCGUCGCCUCGGCGGCCCAGCGUAGCCUCCACGCUGCAAGACAGCGGCGCCAGCAGUGCCAGCCUCAGCAGCUCGUCCAGCAACGGCGACUGCAAGUCGCAGGCCACGCUGACGACGCAUGCAGCGCCGCCCUCUUCUUCAGGCGCCUAUGCCUCGUUCAACCCGCACGUCUACACCCUCCCGAUCGCGGCCGGUCCUUCGGCAUCGGCACCGCUGCCCAGCGCACCCGUGCAUCUGGCAGUGCAGGGCUUCGCCCAUCGGCAAGAUCGCUUCGUCGUACGCAACGCGCUCGCAGAGGGCGUGCCUGUGGUGCUCUCCACCGACGAAGAGACGCAAGCGACCGGCUGGCAGGCCCGUCUGAGUGCGGCCGGCGAAAAGACGGGCUUUGUCGUCCGGCAGCAUGCCACUUCAAAACAGUACGAGCUUGUCGAUGCAGACGGCCGGUGUCGUGCUGUCAGCGGGAAGAAAAGCUCGCUGAAGAUGCGCUUCUCGGUGGCCGGACCGGAAGACGGCAGCACGUGGACGUGGAAGGGCGCUGCCUUCGGGACGCUCGCGCUCAAGUCAUCAGGGACGAGCGCCGGAAAGGUGCUGCUUGCCGAGUACACUCGAGGGCCACAGCAAACGUCCUCGCUCGUCGUGCACGCCGCCGCCGGCACACACGUCAUGCUCGUCGUAGCCUCGCUCCUUCCCGCGCUCGACGCUGCCCGCGCCACGUACGAGAAGAAUCACUGGGAGACGGCCGGCUCUCGGGAGGCGCCCGGAGCGCCAAGCGAGUUCGAGACGCGCGUGUGGGCGCGGAAGCCCAAGGCUAGCGGCUCUUCCUCUGCCGCACCAUCGUCGGAUGAGCCGGAGCCGCGCAAGCGCUCCCUGGCCAGCUUCUUGCUGCCGGGCAGGAAUCGUGACAAGUCGGCGAGCCGUGACUCGUCGCCGGCGCCAGACAAGGCCUGA